AAUAAAGUUGUUUUUAUUUCAAGAAAUCGAGAGAAAAGAAAGCCCCACGGCUCUAGAGCUCAGCUGACGGGAAGGAGAGUGUGCAGCUGCGAGUUCGAGAGCUCCCGGAGCCCAAAGACGGGGGUAGGUCCCGGCGCCCCGCGCGCCCGCCCCUCUCCAUCGGUGACACGGAAAAGCCGGGCAGUUGGUGGCCGCCGGGAGUGAGGAGCGCGAGGAAGGGCCGGACCAUGGGAACCCACAAGCCGCUGAUCCUGCCCUGGCUGGUGUCGCAGCUGGACCAGGGCAGGCUGGAGGGCGUGGCCUGGCUGGACAAGGGCCGCACGCGCUUCCGCAUCCCUUGGAAGCACGGCCUGCGGCAAGAUGCCCAGCAGAAGGACUUCGGCAUCUUCCAGGCCUGGGCCGAGGCCAGCGGUGCCUAUACUCCAGGGAGAGAUAAGCCCGACCUGCCGACCUGGAAGAGGAAUUUCCGGUCCGCCCUGAACCGGAAGGAAGUGUUGCGUUUAGUCGACGACCGGAGCAAGGACCCCCAGGACCCGCACAAAGUCUAUGAGUUUCUGACCCCAGCGUUUAGGGACUUGGCUCAGCCCGACACCUCUCCAGACACCGGUGGCAGAUGGAGUACCUGUGACACCCCCAAAGCUACUGUGGAGGAGUUACUGAGUGACAUGACUUUAGACCCAUUCCUCGAUGGGGGGCCCCUGAGCCUGGCUCUGGCUCCUGAGCACCCCCCUCAGCUCUUGCUGAGCCCCAACCUAGACAUUCCUGGCCCCUGCCCGAAUGUGGAACCCGCUGAAAACCCACUGAGGCAGCUGUUGGUGCCCGAGGAUGCGUGGGAGUUCGAGGUGACCGCCUUCUACCGGGGCCGACAAGUGUUCCAGCAGACGGUCUUCUGCCCGGAGGGCCUGCGGCUGGUGGAGCCCGAAGCAGCCGAUGGGACACUGCCUGGGCAGCCAAUAAGACUGCCAGACCCCGGGGUGUACCUGACAGAUGGGGACGUGAUGAGCCUUGUGAAGCGCGUACUGAGCAACCUGGGCGGGGGACUUGCCCUCUGGAGGGCAGGGCAGCAGCUCUGGGCCCAAAGGCUGGGGCAUAGCCACGUGUACUGGGCCAUGGGCGAAGAGCUGCUCCCCGACAGUCACGGGCCCAGUGGUGAGGUGCCCAAGGACAAGGAAGGAGGUGUGUUUGACCUGGGGCCCUUCGUGGCAGAUCUGAUUGCCUUCCUUGGAGGAAGCAGACGCUCGCCACACUACACCCUCUGGUUCUGCUUGGGGGAGUCGUGGCCCCAGGACCAGCCGUGGACCAAGAGGCUCGUGAUGGUCAAGGUUGUUCCCACAUGCCUCAAGGCCCUGCUAGAGAUGGCGCGGAUACAGGGUGCCUCCUCAAUGGAGAACACUGUGGACCUGCACAUUUCCAACAGCCACCCCCUCUCCCUCACCUCAGACCAGUACAAGGCCUACCUCGAGGACCUGGUGGAGGACAUGGAUAUCUAGGUUCCUGGGGAGGCCUGGCCUUGUCCUCAUGGGUGCAGGCCCCUCACCCCCGACCUCAGCCAAUAAACUGGUUCUUGCCCUGGUCA